UUGCUUCACCCAGGGUUUCAAAGGCAGCACACGUCCUGCGGAUGCUCCGUCAGCACCACCUAGUCAAUUUAUUACAGAACUCCAGAGCAUCUUACAGUGUGAGCUUGAAGUUAGUCAAUUUAUUACAGAACUCCAGAGCAUCUUACAGUGUGAGCUACGAGUUAAUUUCCAACCUGCAUGUCGACAAAAGCACACGGUUUCAGAGAUCAUGAAGCUACAGCUUCCUAAUCCGGACCUGGAAGACAGGAUAUUGUCCUAUGAGCAGCUGGACAGGCUUGAGGAGGAAGAGGCCGAAUCGCGACCAAAAUGGGACAACAAGGCCCAGUACAUGCUGACAUGUGUGGGGUUUUGUGUGGGACUCGGAAAUGUCUGGCGUUUCCCGUAUCUGUGUCAAAGUCAUGGAGGAGGUGCCUUCAUGAUACCCUUUCUGAUCCUACUGGUUCUUGAAGGAAUCCCACUUUUACAUCUUGAGUUUGCCAUUGGUCAGCGUAUAAGAAGAGGAGGCUUGGUAUUAUGGUCUACAAUUCAUCCUUAUUUGACCGGCAUUGGUGUUGCGUCCAUGUGCGUAUCUCUGACAAUCAGUCUCUACUACAACACCAUCCUUGCCUGGAUUAUGUGGUACUUCUUUAACUCCUUUCAAGAGCCUCUACCUUGGAGUCGUUGUCCCAUGAAUGCCAAUUUAACAGGAUAUACCUCAGAGUGUGAGAGGAGCUCCACUGUGGAUUACUUCUGGUACAGGGAGACCUUGAACACAACUCCAAGAAUUGAGGAGGACGGUGGGUUGCAGUGGUGGAUCUUGCUGUGCCAUAUUUGUGCAUGGUCUGUGCUCUAUCUCUGCAUCAUCCGUGGAAUUGAGACUACAGGGAAGGCUGUGUACGUGACAUCUACCCUUCCUUAUGUGGUGCUGACAAUCUUUCUCAUCAGAGGACUGACUCUGAAAGGCUCUUUGAGUGGAGUCAAGUUUCUCUUCACACCACAAAUAUCAGAGCUGGCAAACCCAAAAACAUGGCUUGAUGCAGGUGCUCAGGUUUUCUAUUCCUUCUCUCUGGCUUUUGGUGGUCUUAUUUCCUUUUCCAGCUAUAACUCUGUGCAUAACAACUGCGAACAGGACGCAGUGAUCAUCUCCAUCAUCAAUGGUUUCACCUCGGUCUUCUCUGCAACAGUCAUUUACACCAUCAUCGGGUUUAGAGCAACAGAGAAAUUCGACAACUGUCUUUCUGGGAACAUCCUGACAUUAAUUAACGCGUUUGAUUUGGCUGAGGGCAAUGUCACUGAAAGCAACUACAAAGAUACUGUUGAACAUUUUAAUCAAACACACCCAGAGGUUAUUCAAGGUCUGGAUCUGGAAAACUGCGACUUGAAUACUUUUCUCAGUGAGGGAGUUGAAGGAACAGGUUUAGCCUUCAUUGUGUUCACUGAGGCCAUAACAAAGAUGCCCAUCUCACCAUUGUGGUCCGUGCUCUUCUUCAUAAUGCUCUUCUGCCUUGGCCUGUCUUCUAUGUUUGGUAACAUUGAGGGCGUUAUAGUGCCACUGCAGGACCUCAAAAUCUUCCCCAAGUCGUGGCCAAAAGAGGCCGUCACUGGUGUGACAUGCAUACUGUGCUGUCUAGUGGGUCUGCUAUUUGUUCAAGGCUCAGGGAACUACUGGCUUUCACUCUUUGACACCUAUGGAGGAUCCAUCCCUUUACUAGUUGUUGCUUUCUGUGAAAUGUUCUCAGUGGUAUACAUAUAUGGAAUAGACAGGUUCAAUGAUGACAUCAAAUUCAUGAUUGGACACAAACCCAACUUCUUCUGGCAGGCUUCAUGGAGAGUCAUCAGCCCAUUCAUUAUGCUUUUUAUCUUAGUCUUUUACUUCAUCACUGAAAUUUCUGAACAGCUCCUUUACAAAGUCUGGGAUCCUGAAUCAGUAAACUUCCCAACUCUUGAGGACAAGCAAUAUCCAGCCUGGGUCUAUGUGGUCAUUGUUGUAUUGGCAGGAGUCCCCAGCAUUGCUAUACCUGUUAUUGCACUCGGGAAAUGUAUAUGGUCAAGGAAAAGUGAAAAGUCACGGAACAAAUUAAAUUCUAAUAAAUAAAAAAAGAGUCUAGAAAAUCCUCAGCACAAUAUUCUAUGGAACAAUUUGGAUUUACUGAUUUCACAGAUUUUUAUUUAUGCAAUUCUAACAUUGUAAGCAGCACUUUUAAGCUUUCACUUCUCAACAGUGAAUCAGAUGGCAGAUAUAUUGGGAGGCUCUUCUACAUUAUUAUGGCUACACUGUAGGUUUUCCUAAAUCCCUAGAAAUAGAGGGUAUUCUAUCACAUCAUCACUAGAUGUCACUAAUUUACCCACUGGCUAUUUUUUCUAUAAAAAAAUAAUGUAUUGGUCUGCUGCAAUUAAUAUGAGUUUUGCAAGAACAGGAAGAGUAUGCAAUACCUAGACAGGAAUUUAAAAACAUAAAGGACAUUUUUUCACUUAUUUAUGUAAUGAAAGUAAUAUGCUAAUGAGUUAGGGCUGUAAUAAAGAAAUUCUUAGUCGACUAUAGCCCACAAAUUUCAACUAAAAAUCGACUAACCAGAUGAGCAAUAUCAUAGCCCAUGAUUUCCGAAAAUAUACUGUCAACUAGUGAUAUCAGCACAAGAACUGUUGAGGAAUAUUUAGAUUAUUCGGUUCUGUGCAUGUCCUCGCACAGAGCAAGACUGAACAUAGGAGCACAGCUUCACGGCUGAGACACAAAUAGACUGCUGCCGUUGUUGUGGACGAGUGCGCCUGCAGCUUUAAAACGAAUCAACGAUGAUUAGACUAAAACAUUGAAAUGUGCAAAUUUUGCUAUGUUCGUAUACUUAAAACAAAUGGAGCAACCUAAUGCAGACAAGUUAGCUUACUGUUUUUAUAUGAUAUGCCAUGUUUGUAGUCGAGC